AAAAAAGGAAAGGAACAGAGCCCCUGCCUGCGAGACAGAAGAGAAGCCCCCCAAACCCUCCGAACCGAAACCCCACGCGGCCCCUCCCGCGACGCGACAUGGCCGACGACCCCAGCGCCGGCGGCGGCGUCGAGGCCGUCCGCGCCGAGGGUGACACACAUCCACGUGAUGAUGGGUUGUCAAAGUCCAAGGAUAGAGGCAGAGAUAGAGAAAAAGACAAGGACAGGGAUCGUCGCAGGGACCGUGACAGAGAUAAAGGAAGGGACAGGGAUCAGGAUCGGGGCAGGGAUCGGGACAGAGACAGGGAUCGGGAUCGCCACAGUAGGCAUCACCGUGAAAGAAAGGAACACAGAGACCGUCCCGACGAUCAUGAUCAUCACAGAGACCGCGAUUCUGAAAGGAGAAGAGACCGCGAAAGAGAUGGGCAUCGUUCUCGUUCUAGGGGAAGGGAGCGCAGAUCUAGGUCUCGCUCUCGUUCAAGAAGCAGCAAGCGAGUUAGUGGAUUCGAUGCACCACCCCCGCAAGCCAUGGCUUCUACAUUUCCAGUGUUUCCAACCCCAAGUCCGUUACCAGGCUCUUCUAUUCCUGGCAUGUUUCCGAACAUGCUCCCUUUUGGUGUUGGUGUUGGUGGACAGUUCAAUCCCCUUGUUAUCCAGCCGCAAGCAAUGACGCAACAGGCUACUCGUCAUGCUCGGCGAGUUUAUGUCGGUGGCCUUCCUCCAAGUGCUAAUGAACAGUCAGUUGCAGUAUAUUUUAAUCAAGUCAUGGCUGCUAUUGGAGGAAACACUGCUGGUCCAGGUGAUGCUGUUCUUAAUGUCUACAUAAACCAUGACAAGAAAUUUGCUUUUGUGGAAAUGAGAUCUGUUGAGGAAGCAAGCAAUGCAAUGGCCCUGGAUGGCAUUUUGUUUGAAGGGGCGCCAGUGAAGGUUAGAAGGCCAACAGACUAUAACCCUUCCCUGGCAGCUGCUCUGGGCCCAAGCCAGCCAAGCCCCAAUCUGAAUCUUGCUGCAGUUGGCCUAACACCAGGAUCUGCUGGAGGGUUAGAAGGUCCAGACCGUAUUUUUGUGGGCGGCCUUCCCUAUUACUUCACAGAAGCCCAAGUUCGGGAGUUGCUUGAAUCCUUUGGACCUCUACGAGGAUUUGAUCUUGUGAAGGAUAGGGAAACUGGUAACUCAAAGGGCUAUGCGUUCUGUGUCUACCAGGACCUCAGUGUCACUGACAUUGCCUGCGCUGCUCUAAAUGGUAUCAAGAUGGGAGACAAAACCCUUACUGUCAGACGAGCAAACCAGGGAUCAUCUCAGCCCAGACCAGAGCAGGAAAGUAUCCUAUUGCAGGCACAGCAACAGGUGCAAUUACAGAAACUUGUGUAUCAAGUUGGAGCGCUACCUACAAAGGUUGUUUGCCUUACCCAGGUGGUAAGUGCAGAUGAAUUGAAAGAUGAUGAAGAGUAUGAUGACAUUAUGGAGGACAUGAGGCUAGAAGCAGGCAAAUACGGUAAUUUGGUGAAAGUUGUGAUCCCACGUCCUGACCCCAGUGGACAGCCUGUCGCCGGAGUUGGAAAGGUGUUCUUGGAAUACGCAGAUAUCGAUGGGGCCGCCAAAGCAAAGACAGCUUUGCAUGGAAGGAAAUUUGGUGGGAACCCGGUUGUUGCGGUCUGCUAUCCCGAGGACAAGUUUGCUAACGAGGAAUACGAUGCAUAAAUAUUUCUCCUCUUCAUCUAUAACAGUAAUCUUUUUUUGCUGCUAGCUUGUUUAAUUACAGCAACGAUGAACGAUUUCUACUCCUAAAUCGAACCUUCUUGUUAGCCACGGAUUUAUGCGGAGCCAGUAGUAUGAAUAUUGAAAGAUAGAUUGCGUGAAGUUUGCUUAAUUCUUAGCCUUCA